UCCACGAGCCGCACGUCGGAGAACGCCUGGUGCACGGGCGCCUGCGAGUCGAACCGGGCCACGCGGGCCGUCAUGGCGCGCAUCGAGGAGGUGACCGGCGUGCCGAAAGAGAACUACGAGUCGUUCCAGGUCCUCCGCUACACCCACGGCCAGCAGUACCGCGCGCACCACGACAUGUCCCGCGGCGACAACGCCCUGGCCUGCGGGCCGCGCAUCUACACCUUCUUCAUGUACUUUAGCGACGUCGAGAAGGGCGGCGAGACGGAGUUCCCCAUGGUCAAGCGGCCGUCGGGGAAGACGGUGAAGAUCGCGCCCAAGCGCGGGUCCGCGCUGCUCUGGCCCUCCGUGACGUCCGACGACCCGACGGCCCAGGACCCGCGGACGCGCCACGCGGCGCUCCCCGUCGUCGAGGGCACGAAGUUCGCCGCGAACGCGUGGAUCCAC